CCUGUUGCCUGUCAGCCAUGACGAGGGACGGGUUGACCCCUGUGGUCAAAAUUCGGACCUCCCACAAGAAGGCGCGGGAAUGUCAGUCACUCCCGCUUUUGGAGCGGACGCCCAGGGAGACGCCGUACCAGGAUUACAGCCGUAUCAAGAAAAUGGUGCAAGCGAAGGCAGAUUUAAAAGGGGAGCUAACCACCUCGGAUCUGUUCGUCGACUCGUCUUUCCCGCCGGAUCGAUCGUCCUUGACCUACGUCUACAGCGGCGAUGACAAAUAUGAGAGAACCGUGUUCAGACGACCGAAGGAAAUCAAGGAAGACCCCAUCCUGACGGGGGUCGGGGGGAUCUGUGACGAACCCUUCCCGUGGCAGUUGUGGAAACAGAGGGGGUGGUUUCACGCGGCCCUGGUGGUCGUGUCACUCAGCGUUCGUGCAUUGGAGCGGCUGAUCCCUGGGUUCAGAAACAGUGAGCAGAACUUCGACGCCAGCUAUGUUGGCUGUUUUCAUUUCCACAUCUGGAGGUUUGGUGAGUGGGUGGACAUUGUCGUCGACGAUUAUCUUCCCAUCCUGGAUGGCUUCCCUUUGUUCUCCCGCCCCCUGGGUAGUGCUGGAGAGAUGUGGGGACCUCUGGUGGAGAAAGCUUAUGCAAAGUGUAAACGGACCUUCCAGGCCAUCGAGUACGGCUUCACCCUGGACGUGCUGACCGACUUGACCGGUGCCAUCUGCGAGUUCUUCACGCCGGACAUUGACCCGCCCUCAAACCUGUUCCACAUUUUGUACAAGUCGGCCUUGAACCGCUCACUCAUGGCCUGUUGGAGGAACAACAAAAGACUGACCCCAGCCGGUUUUAACUGGUCAGAUGACUCAGGGAGUUCAGAUAAAGACAGAUACCUUCACAUCAUUACAGCGGUCAGCAAGUUUUCUGUGAGCGGUGGCCGCAUGGAGCAGAUGAUCCGACUCAAAUGUCCGUACGGCUCGGAGCCUCGAUGGCACGGUCGAUUUUCUGACGGCGAUACACCCUCCUGGCAGAACGUCAACUCUGAAUUCAUGUCUCGUCUGCAACCCCAUUCCAAGAAAGACCUCGACGAGUACUGGAUGACCUACAGCGACUUCCGGUGCAACUUCGGCGGCCUCAUCGUCAUCAGCUCUCCGGAACCGUUCCGCAUGGACGGGUUCAACAUCCAGCGGACGUACCGGACCUACAGCGACGCCGGCCUGCACAGCACCGACACCUGGACGGAGGGCUCGUACCGGAACCGGGCCCGGCGGUUCACGUCGCCGAACGACAGCUUCGCCAAGCAGCUGUCCAAAAGGCGAACCAACAGCGACUCUGAUUGUCACACGAACUUCUACGUCGACCCUGCCAGCGCACCGUGUUCGCCCUCAAGGAACGAUAGAGGGAAAACCGAGCACACGGACGCUGCUAUGAGAAGGCGGUUGUUCGUCGCUAAAGAAAGAGACUACCGCGCGCAGCUGUGCAGCGAAGCCGGACGGCAAAGAGCCGGGGACGACGACGGCAGCAACCCGUGCAGCCCGACCCGUCAGUCACGUGACGCCGGCGGGGGGGCGCCCCACCCCAGUGAUAGUCAAUCCUGCAACAAACAUUUAUCCAGUUCCUGUCUGCCCAGCCCGCGUAGGAGGAAAUCCACGGGUGAAAAACUAAAAGACGCACCGGGGGCCCACAGCAGCCCGGGACACAAAACCGGUCACGCUUUUCGAAAAACCCACAAAACAAACUUCAUGAAAAAACACAGCCUGGACACCACGCUGCACGGGAUGUCUUUAACCUCCCCUCAUCACUCCAGCACCGAUAGUGCCACAGGCUCCGACCAGGAGUCUUCCGGUGUCUGGGCCUCGCCAUCCGGAUUCGAACCCAGCUUCUCGUUGUUGUCGACGCCGGCCGACACGCCCGACGAGUCGCACGCGUCAGCAACGUUCAGCGUGACGCCAGCCACCCCAGGUCCGACAACCGCAGACAACUCGUACUCCACGUCUGAUGUGUUUCUGAAGAUAGCAGACGACGGGAAAAGACCGCAAAGCGCGCCAAACUCGACCGGAAAUACGAAAGACGUGUCGUCUGGUUCCCUUAGUUCUUUGACUCAAAGCUCGUUUCUGGCAACAAGGGGAGAUUAUUUCAGAUCAGACGGCAAGUGGAGAGUUAUCCUCGAGCAUAAGGAUAUAUGGAAAAGGGACACGCCCAGCGCUGACCGCACCCGACUGGACGUCCACUCCAAGACCCACCGCGUCUACUUCCUGGUGACCCGGCACGAGGUCAAGGACCCCCUGGUGACCCCGACCCUGCAGGACAAGCGUCACGUGCUGAUCUCGCUCAUCCAGGACUACAGGCACGGCCCGUCCACGGCCAACUCGCUGCUCGUGCCCAUAGGGUUCUGUCUGUACAGGACGAAGCACUGCGACAGGGACGAGAAGAGGCACAUUUCAAAGCUCCAGCUGAUCGGUCAGGUGGACGGCGAGCCGGACAGGCGGGAGGUCACGGCCAGGUUCGACCUUGACCCCGGGGGCUACUUCCUCGUGCCCUACUACCACGCGGACCAUCACCAGGGCGAGUUCCUCCUGCGCGUGCUGUCGGAGUCUGACGUGGGUCAGGUCAAGGCCGGAUGCAAAAUAUCGUGAACACAGAGAGGCCAGAAACUGGGUGGGAUAUUUUCUGUGUUCAUCUAAUGUGCCUCGUGUCCGGAUGUUACCAAGUACAUCUACUCUAAUCAGACAUUUUUACAUGUAAAUACAAAAGUUGAUGUUGAAGUGAAACGACAUCAACUGGAAAAGGAGUUUCAAGUAAUAUGAUGAGAAAUAGACACAAAAUCCAGGUGCAAUUAAAUCAUUGUUCGAUUUUUUCAAGUAUUUUUUCUGUCGAUGUUCGCCCUUAAAACUUAACAGUUUGAUGCAUCUAGUUAUUGUAAUUAUAUUCACUUGUAGUAACUAAAAUAGCUUUAAUUUUAUCCAGGUUGGGUUAGGUUUAAAUGUUGGUUAAAUAAUUAAUUUGGUGCCAUAGUCUGGUAGACGAUUGGAUUAUUACGCCUAAGAAAUCAAGACGCAAAAACU